AUGGCAAUUAUUGCGGCGUUCUCAUCUUCUAUGUUCAACACACAGGACCUCGAGUGGCGCAAAGAGAACGGCAUCGAUGACUUGCUGCACAGCUACAAUAUACCUGAUGUAAUAAAAGAGAAUUUUCCCGGCGUGGUUCUUCACCCAUGCAAGGACCGUCGACCCAUGUGGAUAAUUCCUUCAUGCGUCGAUAUCAAGUCGUUCGUGGCAGCCCUCACUCGAGCAGUGGUGCAGCGCCACAUCGUGUACAUGUUGGAGUACUUGGAGUCACUUAAACGCAACUCCAAGCCAGAGAUGGACAAGGAAUUAGAGUCCCAGUACCUCGUGAUAGAUUUCGACAGGUUUAGCCUGCUUCAGGUGCACAGCUUGCAAGCAAUGAGGACGGUCACUGACAUGCUGAAGACGAUAGAAGAGCACUACCCUGAGUGUUUGGAAAAAUGCAUCCUGAUCAACGCACCCUACUUCUUCCCAUUUUUCUGGCAACUGGUGCGGCCCUUCCUGAGUCAAAGGACAGUCGACAAGGUGGAAGUGUUUGGAAGAGAAGACUGGAAAGAGCGUCUCCUGAACAUCGUGGACGCGGCUUCCCUUCCCGCUAUCUGGGGGGGAGACAUGACGGGACCCGACGGAGACCCACGAUGCAGGCAUAAGGUUAACUACGGCGGACGGUUCGAAGAAGGCUUCGACCGCGAGGCGACUUCUCUUUUCGGCGAGAGCGGAGUCCAGCAGCGGAUCAUCGGACGCCGUGACAGGUGGGAGCUGCCGAUCAGCGUGUCCAAGGCGGGUGCCCGGCUCACUUGGCGGUUCCAGACGGCCGCUGGAGACCUGGCCUUUGGACUCCGCACGAGCAGCGGAACGUGUCUAGUUCCUUUGGAACGUAUCGAGGCGUGCAGCUAUGUACCUCAAGGAGGAAGCUGGCAGUGCGACACACCUGGAACGUACGUGCUCGAGUUCGACAACACCCACAGCUGGCUAAGCGGCAAGACACUCGCCUACACGGUGGACUUGCGUGCCCCUGAAGAGAGCGCUUGACAGACGGACGCGCUUCAAGGGGGCAUAUGUGAUCAGCAUGAAUGAAAUAAAGAGUACCUUGCUA